AUGCGAUCUGCAACUUUGACCCUUCUCGAACCAUACCAUUACUUGUGUGCCCAUCCUGGCAAAGAUAUCCGAUCCAAGCUCAUUGCCGCUUUCGACGCUUGGCUUCAUGUUCCCAAGGAAACCUUGGCCGUCAUUACCAAGGUUAUUGAAAUGCUUCAUACAGCAAGUUUGAUGAUAGACGACGUUCAAGACGGUUCGGUAUUACGACGAGCUGUUCCCGUAGCCCAUCUUAUCUACGGCGUACCGCAGACGAUAAACUGCGCUAAUUAUGUCUAUUUUUUGGCGCUUCAAGAAAUUCUCAAGCUCAACCACCCUGCCAUGGUUACCAUCUACACCGAAGAAUUGAUCCAUCUGCACGAAGGACAAGGCAUUGAAUUAUUCUGGAGAGAUACGCUCACAUGUCCAACGGAAGAUGAGUACAUUGAUAUGGUGAAUAACAAAACGAGCGGUCUUUUGCGGUUGGCGGUUCGAUUAAUGCAGGCAGCAAGUGCCAGCGACAUUGAUUAUACGCAUCUUGUUAAUCUUAUUGGGAUUUACUUCCAAGUACGCGAUGAUUACAUGAAUCUCCAAUCCGAUACCUACUCUGAGAAUAAGGGCUUUUGCGAAGAUUUAACCGAAGGCAAAUUCUCAUUCCCGAUUAUUCACUCCAUUCGAUCUGAUUUGAGCAACCGGCAAUUGCUCAACAUUAUCAGCCAAAAACCCACCUCUGUCGAGGUAAAGAAGUACGCACUGGAUAUCCUGAAACGGACAGGUAGCUUCCAAUAUACUCGCACAUUCUUGACAGCAAAAGAAGCAGCGGCACGGGCAGAAAUUGAGCGUCUCAAAGGAAACAAGUUGCUGGAAAAAGUGUUGGACGCGUUGACGGUCAAAGAAUAA